AGCAAGCAUUGAACCCGAAUAAUUAAAUGGUGAUAGAUUUUAUCCAAGUUCAUGUACUUAAACCUCUUUAUAAACCCUUCAUAUCUUCACCCCACAAAAUUCGUCCUCCUCCUGUUCUCUUCCCAUAAUAAGCUGCUCAACAAUCUUUGAAACAAAAAAAAAAAAAAACCGACGUCUAAAACUACUACAAGCCUUUUUCCUAGCUAGUACGUGAAAAAUGACAUAUGGAAAUGGUGAUCUUCAGGCAGACUUAGCUCUGCUUGAAUCAAUAAGGCAGCACUUGCUAGAAGAGUCCCAAGCUGCUGCUCCGGCAUUGUGGUUUAACAAUUCCCUGCCAGUAUCUUAUAGCGGAAGCAACCCUUCUGAGACCAGCUUCUUUCCUUCCUUCCCUGACGUCAACCCAGAUGGAUUCCAAUUAUACCAGAAUUAUGAUUAUGACAACAUGGGUCUUUACCCUAUGGUUCAUGACGCGGUUAAUAAUCGGCGAGAACCAUUGCUGUCCACCACCACGACCAUGGCUACGACCAUGACCACCACUACUGCUACUGGCGCAGUUAAGGUGGAGCAUGAAGAAAGGAUUGAGGUGUCACAAAUGUCUAACGCUGCAACGGCACAGCCGGAGGCAAGGGUGGUGCCGCCUAAAGGGAAGCAUUAUAGGGGCGUGAGGAGACGGCCGUGGGGGAAGUUCGCAGCGGAGAUAAGGGACCCCGCAAAAAACGGGGCCCGCGUGUGGCUGGGGACAUUUGAGACCGCGGAGGAUGCGGCAAUAGCUUAUGAUCGGGCGGCGUAUCGCAUGCGCGGGGCACGUGCAUUGUUGAAUUUCCCACUGAGGAUAAAUUCAGGUGAGCCAGACCCGGUUAGAAUUACGUCUAAGAGGUCAUCUGUGUCGCCAGACCAUUCGUCAUCGUCGGCAUCGGAAAAUGGGACUCCCAAGAGGAAGAAGAAGGCGGCUGCGCAAGUGGUGGAGCCGCCAGCGGUGCAGAGGGGUUGGGAAGAGCUAUAUGUGGGCUCAAAUUCAAAUGGUGAACGAAUAUUCGGGACUGGCACUCAAUUUGGAUCCACAUUAUUGUAGCAUACAAAUACACUAAUUUUUUUAAUUGGCGAAAAAUCAGAGCUCUAUCUGUUCUAUUUUUCCUUAAUUUUUUUGGUUAAUUUGGAGGGGGUAAUAAAUGGAAUGCAAAAGGGGGCAAUAUCAGAACUGUAGGAGCUGUAAUCAUGUAAAUAGUACAUGAUUUAUUUGUAUUUAUUUUAGACAAAAUUCUUUGUUAAAUGGCCAAUGGACUUAGCUAAAAAAAAGAAAAAGAAUAUAAUUAUUUUCAAGACGUUAAGUUUAAGUUAAUGGUGCAUUUAUUGUUGUUUGAAUUAA